UUGUACCAUAUGUUUUGUUAUCAACUUCUAGUGAAUGUUCUAAAAAAAACUAAUUUUCACAGAAAAUUUAAUAAAAUUAAAUAAAACAGAAAAAUACCGAUAAAAAUGCUUUUAGAUGAUAAACAACAAAAAUAUAAACAAUUUGUGGAUAAAUUAUUGCAACGUUGCCAGGAAAUACAAACAGAAAAUGAAAGACAUGUAUUAAGAAUCAACACCAUUAAAAAACUUAUACGUAGACGUGUACGUGAUGUCGAGCUUCUAAAAAGACGUUUAGAUCAACAUAACGACAAUUGGCGUGCCCUGCCCAUGGUAGCACCACAUCCUAAACGUAAAAUUGAACAGAAACGUGGCCCUAAACCUAAAAAUAAGGAUUGUAAUGCUCAAGAACAGAAGGAGAAGAAAGUGCGCAAACAGCGUGUUAAGAAAAAUGGUGAAGAUAAACCCAACAACAACAAUAUCAAUAAUACAUCAUUGGCCGAGGUGCAAGAUAUGCUGGAACAGACACGCUAUCAAGAAAGUCAGGCUCAACAGUUGUUAAUGAUGCAGCAGCGACAGUUGAAUUUGAAAAAUGAUCAGCUACUUUGAUUGCUAGUUAAUGUUAGAAUAUUUAAGGUUAAUAAAUUGAAUUAAGUAGAAUUUUAAGAGAUAGAUGUAGAAGUUAAGACAAAGGUACAAAAUUUUACUUAAAUUAGGUAACAUUUUGUACCUACGUGCGACUGUAGAACCGUUACAAAAUUAAACAAAGUUUUUGUAGAAUAACUAAAUCAUUAAAUUUUUUUGGACCUUAAUAAAAAUAUGAAAACGUUCUUGGCUUUCUUCAGUUGAAAGCAUUUUGCGUGAAUAAUUGAAAAAAAAAA